ACCCUCUAUUGUCCCGGCUCCUGGGGCUCGAGGCCCUAUCUUCCCCUUUCUGAGGCUGGACCCUACCAAACUUAUCUCCCUGCUCUAGGGUAGGGGCUGGACUGUCUCCAGGAUCUUUCCUGGAGUGUUGGGCGGGUAGAGGGGAGUGCAGAGUCAGCAGUUGAGGGAUUGGGGCCAUGCCAGCCUGAUUAGAAGGGCUGGGGGCUGAGCUGGAUUCACCUGUCCUUGUCCCUGAUUGGCUCUGGGGUACCUCCAGCUCCCAAAUCCCACUAAGCAGCCCCACCAGGGCCCGCACAGGUCUGUGGAGAGCCAGUUGGUUGCCAGUCCUAGGGCCAGAAGGGUGUCUGGGGAGGCCAGAGGCUGACCUGAGCCUGGCUCUGGGGAUCCCCUCCAUCCAGAAGAGCCACCUGACCACCGUGUUCCUUCACCUGCUGCUGGAACCAUGGGAGCUGGGGCCAGUGCGGAGGAGAAGCACUCAAGGGAGCUGGAAAAGAAGCUGAAAGAAGAUGCUGAGAAGGAUGCUCGAACCGUGAAACUUCUGCUUCUGGGUGCAGGUGAGUCCGGGAAGAGCACCAUUGUCAAGCAGAUGAAGAUUAUCCACCAGGAUGGGUACUCGCUGGAAGAGUGCCUCGAGUUCAUUGCCAUCAUCUACGGCAACACGCUGCAGUCCAUCCUGGCCAUCGUGCGCGCCAUGACUACGCUCAACAUCCAAUACGGAGACUCUGCGCGCCAGGACGAUGCCCGGAAGCUGAUGCACAUGGCAGACACCAUCGAAGAGGGCACGAUGCCCAAAGAGAUGUCGGACAUCAUCCAGCGACUGUGGAAGGACUCGGGUAUUCAGGCCUGUUUCGAUCGCGCCUCGGAGUACCAGCUCAACGACUCCGCUGGCUACUACCUCUCCGACCUGGAGCGCCUGGUAACCCCGGGCUAUGUGCCCACUGAGCAGGACGUGCUGCGCUCGCGUGUCAAGACCACGGGCAUCAUUGAGACGCAGUUCUCCUUCAAGGACCUCAACUUCCGGAUGUUCGAUGUUGGUGGACAGCGCUCGGAGCGCAAGAAGUGGAUCCACUGCUUCGAGGGUGUGACCUGCAUCAUCUUCAUCGCGGCACUGAGCGCCUACGACAUGGUGCUAGUGGAGGAUGAUGAAGUGAACCGCAUGCACGAGAGCCUGCACCUGUUCAACAGCAUCUGCAACCACCGCUACUUCGCCACCACGUCCAUCGUGCUCUUCCUCAACAAGAAGGACGUUUUCUCGGAGAAGAUAAAAAAGGCGCACCUCAGCAUCUGCUUCCCGGACUACAACGGGCCCAACACCUACGAGGACGCGGGCAACUACAUCAAGGUGCAGUUCCUCGAGCUCAACAUGCGACGCGACGUGAAGGAGAUCUAUUCCCAUAUGACGUGCGCCACCGACACGCAGAACGUCAAGUUUGUCUUCGACGCUGUCACCGACAUCAUCAUCAAGGAGAACCUGAAAGAUUGCGGCCUCUUCUGAGGUGGGCCCCUCGCGGGCCCGGAUGCUCCCUGUCGUGCCCCUUUGUCUCAGUACCCCAAGCCCGGUCCUCAGCUCCCCACCCCACAUCACUACAGCAGACCUCGCCCCAGCUCUCCAGACUCACAGCACUGCCUGGACUCUACUGCUUCUAGGCCCCACCCUGGUUCCUCAGGUUCCACCCCACUGCCACAGGUCCCUCCCCUGGGUCACAAGUCCCACCUACUUAAUGUCUCUUGACCCCGCCCAGAUCCCCAGGUGUCACUGCUUCCAAACCCACCUCCACAUGUCUCUCAGCCUAAGCCAAAUUAUUUUGGGGCUCAAGGAUGUUGACAUGGUUCCUUUUCUCUUCACAGGUGCCUGAACUCAUUUGUGUCCCUGAGACCUUUUAGCCCUAGCCGCCUUGUAGCCCCAGCCCACAGGACCCUAUCAGCUUCCCAGGACUCCUGGGCCCCAGCCUGUGGCCCCACCAGCCACAGACCCAAAGCCCGGAGCCUCCCCUAUGGCUCCCAGGUCUCCUAGAGUCCACUGCCCCCAACCCCAGCGCUGCCCUUCGUGGCCUGGCUGCACUAGCCUCCAGGACCCACCACAGCCAGCCCCAGCUAGGAACAGGCAAGACUUGGGGUGCCAGAGCUCACAGUGACUCAGCAGUGCAGGACCGACCAGUCUCCUACAGCUCUCGCCCGUG